GAGCGACGAGUUUGGGUCCCUCUAGCGCCAGUGGGGGGCUAUGAGCACUGACAAUGGGGACGAAUCCUUGCCGCAGCUGUCGAACGUCAGAAAUCCGUAUCGACCUGAUACCAUGAUACGCUCCUGCAUCCCGAGCGGGCUAUCGCGCGUGAACGUCAACGUCGUCAUCGACAUCGAGGCGUGGUGACGCGACGUCGGCCGACGAUCUCAGUUCGCCGGCAACGGGCAUCGCGACAGCUCGCGCCGUAACGCGGGAGGAAGUUCGGCCGGAAGAAGAGAUUGCUCCCCCGAGAAGAAGAGGGUAGGGUACCAAAGGGUGCGAAGAGAAGACAAGCAGGUGGACGGGAGGGGUGCGAAGGAGAGGACGAGAGACGGAGACGUGCAAUUCCGCGACUAAGGGGGUGGCAGCGACCAGGGAGCACCACCGAGGGGGUGGCAGCGAGGAAAAAAGGGAGCGAGGACGAAGUAGACGGGGUCAGCGGGGGUUAAAACACGUGGAUGCUGUGGCCGGUGUUGGGGGGGGAUGACGGGCUGAGCCCCACAGCGUCGCCCACGCCGGCGGCGACCGGCGCCGUCUCCUCCGCUAAGGGGGUGAACAAACUGACCCCUCUGCUGCUCUGCGCCCCCUGCAAGCCCGGUGGCCACCGGAAGAGCCAGAGCUCCACCCAGUGGUACGUGCAACAGCCCACGUGGCGUUUAUGGGGCGAGGAAAGAGGCGACGGCGUCAUAUACACAGUAUAUCUAAAGAAGGUCCGAUACCAUCGGCCCACGAGAAGUCUUUCAGCAUCGGAUUCUGACGACGAGAUUUCGCACUUGGAAUGGGAGACGGUGCGAGUGCGUUUCUUAAAGGCCGGCACGGUGCAGCGGCUGGUCGAAAGUCUGGCGAACGACGACGGCGAGCUGGAGUCCACUUACAUACUGCUGCUCGCACGAUGCGACGCUCUGGACGGGACCACCGGCUGCGAGCAGCAUCGCAAGACCCUCGUCCAAGCUCUGCACGUCUGGCUGGAUGCUUAUCUAGGCGACUGGAAGUCACCCCCGAGCCAUCCCCUGCUCACCAGGCUUCUCGAGUUCACGCAGCAACGUCUUAUUGGCUCCGAGCUCGAACUCAAAGCUAAGCACCGACUGCACCGGUUUCAGCGGGAGGAUCAAAUAGACUGUAUAGUAUACGACAAUGGCCGACUACCCAUGCGCGGUUCCCCGGAUCCGAUGGCGGAUCACUGGGGGAACUACAUCUUCCCCGAGGUGCCCCACCGUCACUUCGCCGAGCAGCUAACCCGGAUGGAUGCCGAAGUGUUUAAGAAACUGGUUGCCCAUCAGUGUCUUGGUGCCGUAUGGUCCAGGAAGGAUCGUUCCAGGAGUCACGAAGCCGCCACGGUGGUGGCAACCGUGAACCAAUUCAACGCCGUCUCGUUACGUGUGAUCUCGACGAUUCUGACGGAUACGACGCUCAAAUCUCAGGAGCGCGCCAGAAUCCUCGAGACAUGGAUCGACGUCGCACAGGAAUUGCGGAUACUCAAGAAUUUUAGUAGUUUGAAAGCGAUCGUCUCCGGUCUCCAAAGCAAUCCGGUGUAUCGACUGGAGAAGUGUUGGCAGUGCAUGCCUCGGGAGAAGCACGAACUCUUCCGCGAGCUCGAGAGGAUAUUCUCGGAGGAGAACAACGCCUGGACCCAGAGGGAGCUGCUCAUCAAAGAGGGCACUGCCAAGUUCGCUGACACUGCCGGCAGAAGCGAUAGGCAUCUGCAGAAGCUCUUUCAAAAACAGAAUACUCACGCGGGCAACAUUAGUUACGGCACAAUACCGUACCUAGGUACCUUCCUAACUGACCUCACUAUGAUCGACACGGCGAUUCCGGAUACGAUAGCCGAUGGUCUCAUCAAUUUUGAUAAAAGACGGAAGGAGUUCGAGGUGCUCGCCAGGAUAAGACUUCUGCAGGGCGCGGCAAACGCAUAUAACUUCAGCAUGGAUCCCGUGUUCGAUCGUUGGUUCCACUCGGUGGUGAUAUUGGAUGAUCGGGAAGCGUACAAACUCAGCUGUCAGAUCGAGCCACCACCAGGGAACACUCUCAACAAUCGCGGCAAGAAGAAACAGGGUCAUCAAGGUCACCGCAAGAAUGAUUCAAUUGCCUCAACGUCCAGUUCGAGCAGUUCGCAAUUUUACUGCGAUCUCGAUUCCCUCCCGAGCUCGCCACACAACUCGCUGGACCGGCGAACGUCACCGUCCCAAAUGUCCAGUUCGUCCUCGAGCUCGUCUCUACCGUCCCUGGACGUAUCCCUAAGCUCCGGUGGAGGUGGCAGUCAUCAGACUCGUCUGGCACCCCCAGCCGGUGCUGUGGCGGCCAACGGUAGCACUCCGAAUCUCGCCGGACUGUCUAGUCCCAGUCACUCGCACAAGAGCUCGCCUGAUUUCUAUAUUAUCAAAGUCACUAUGGAAACGGAUAACGUGGAAACGCAAGGCGUGGUGCUGUACAAGUCGAUAAUGUUAUCGAAUAACGAGCGGACGCCGCAGGUUAUCCGGAAUGCCAUGCUGAAGCUCGGCCUUGAAGGCAGUCCCGAUCAGUACACCCUGGCCCAGGUGCUACCCGAUCGGGAGAUGGUACUGCCCAACUCGGCUAACGUCUAUUACGCUGUAAAUACCGCGCACAAUCUCAAUUUCAUCUUGAGACAGAGGAGAGAGCCCAAUGACGUGACCUCGGACAGUCCCAGGAGCAAAGGCAGCGGUCACAACCACAAGAGGUAGUCUUAAAACCGUCGCUGAGUGCCCAGAACGAGAGGAUCUCUGAAGUUUCCCGCUGACGUAAGCGGGAAAUAGUUCUUGGACUGUUACGUGAACUUUGGACGCGAAGUUAGAGUGCUAAUGGAUUCUCGGAUUGCUCUCGUGAAGGAGAGCAAAUUGAAGUCGAUCAACAUAAUUGCGAUAAAAGACAAAUGCGAUGUUGUCAGCGUACGUCAGCGAACAAAACACUAAGCUGUAAUAUCGCUAAAUGAAUUAACAUUUGGUAUUACAAUAUUGAUGUCAAUGGCAUCUUUCCAGUACAGAGCCUGUAGCAGUGUUGCCGCAACGCUUGCAAGAUUACCGCAAUGUUGGGACGAUUUGUGCUGUAUAGAUUAAUUGACACCAUCAAUAAUACAUAAUUGGUAAUGUUAAUAUUACUAAUUAACGUUAUUAACAGUAAUGUUAACAGUACUAAUUAAAUAAUAUCGCAACAAUACAUAUCAAAGUAUUACAGCUUAACAUCCGGUUCGCCAUUAAGGUAUUCCAUUGUAAUUUAAAAACGAUGACUUAUUUAAUAGUUGUACAACAUGAAGAAAUGACGAUCACAAUGUCAGGCAUCACACAAUUACCGCAAUCGAUCGCGCAUCCUCGUUCGUUCUCCGUCGCAAAUCGAAGUUGAAAGGGCAAAUAUCGCCGUAAUUAAUUUGUUUAUUAAGAUUUACCAUGACAACCCGGUCGUUUCGCCUUUUUGAACGCGACGCAAACGAUCGAACGGCAAGCCAAGGUAUAAUUAAGCGCGGUCACUCGUACAACCGGAAGUGCGUAGACCCACGCACGUAUCGCACAAAAACGCACGCACGAACGCACGCACGCACAUACGCACGCACGCACACACAC